AUGGCUGGAGCUUCGAUUGGAGAGGCCUUCAUCUCUGCUUCCAUCCAGGUGUUGUGUGACAGACUUACUUCACGGGAGUUCAUUGACUUAUUUCGGCAGAAGAAACUGGAUCAACCUCUCCCCAUGAAACUGAAGGUGACACUGUUGACCUUGAACGUGGUGCUCAAUGAUGCAGGGGAGAAGCAAAGAGAGAACCCGGCUGUGAGAGAGUGGCUUGACGAGCUCAAGCACGCUGUCUUUGAUGCGGAGGACUUACUGGAUGAGAUCAACUAUGAAGCUUUGCGAUGCAAGCUCGAAGAUACAAGAGUUGUUACAAAGAUUAGAAGACUUUGUACAGCUGAAAAGUGCUCUUGGUCUGAGAGAAGAAGUUGGGAGGAAGGUUUCACAAAAACUCCAACAACUUCCUUGGUUCAUGAACCUUGUGUUUAUGGUAGAGAUGAAGUCAAAGAAAAUUUAUCAAAAAUGUUGUUAUCCGAUGAUGCAAGUAAGGAUGAUGUGUCUGUGAUUACCAUUGUUGGAAUGGGUGGGGUUGGCAAGACAACCCUUGCUCGAAUGCUUUACAAUGACCAUAAGGUGGAAGAACAUUUUACACUUAAAGCAUGGGCUUGUGUUUCAGAAGACUCAAAGAUUGAUCCUAAUAUGAAGCUGCUGGUUGUUACGUGCAAAAAUGUAGCAUCUGUCAUGCAAAAUGUUCCUAUUCAAUUCUUGGAACCAUUGUCGAAUGAAGACUGCUGGUUGUUACUUGCAAAACAUGCAUUUGGAAAUGAAAGCUCUAGUUCACAUCCAAGCUUGGAAGAAAUCGGCAGGCAAAUUGCACGCAAGUGCAAUGGGUUGCCCUUAGCUGUACAAACACUUGGCGGUGUGUUACGUUGCAAGAUAGAUUCUGAGGUAUGGAAUAGAGUAUUAAACAACAACAUUUGGGAGUUACCUUACGAGAAAAGUGAUAUUCUUCCAGCUCUAGGAUUGAGUUACCAUUAUCUUCCAGCUAAGUUAAAAUGAUGCUUUGCUUAUUGUUCAAUUUUUUCAAAGGACUAUAGUUUCAAGAUAGAAGAUGUAGUUUUUCUUUGGAUGGGAGAAGGUUUAAUUCCUCAAGAUGAGAAUGGUGAAAGAAUGGAAGAGGUGGCUAAGGAAUAUUUUGAUGAACUAUUAUCCCGAUCACUAUUUCAAAAGUCAUGGAAAUCAAGUUUCACCAUGCAUGAUCUCAUCAAUGACUUGGCUGCGUUCAUGUCUAAGGGAGUUUCUUACAGGUUGGAAGGGAGGGAAUCACAUGAAUUAGAAAGAGUUCGCUAUUUGUCAUAUGUUAGGGGAGAAUUUGAUAUCGCUCUUAAAUUUGAGCCAUUAAAUGAGGCUAAGUGUUUGCGGACCUUCCUACCUACCUCUUUAAGCCCUUAUCGAUUUUAUAUAAUCCGUAUUAUGUAAGUAAAAAUAUUCUACAAGA